AUGCCUCCGUAUGGACAGAUCGUGAUCGGUCCUCCCGGCGCCGGGAAAUCGACAUACUGCAAUGGCAUGAACCAGUUUUUGAACUCAAUAGGCAGAAACUCACUGAUAGUGAACCUGGAUCCGGCCAACGAUCUUUUGCCAUACCAUUGCACGGUCGAUAUUAGAGACUUCAUCACGCUUGAAGAAAUCAUGAACGACGAGAAUAUACGAUUGGGCCCUAAUGGAGGCCUGGUAUAUUGUUUGGAGGUGUUUGAGCAAAGCAUCCAAUACUUCAUCGAGAAAAUCAAAGACUUGAUGUCCCUUAGUCUAGACGGACAAUCCACAUACAUUAUAUUCGAUUGCCCCGGGCAAACAGAGCUGUUCACCAACAAUCCGAUAUUUAGAAAUAUCUUCAGUAAGCUGGAGAAAGAGCUUGAUUUCAGGUUUUGUGUGGUGUCUCUAGUAGACUCUAUCAAUCUGGUCACCCCGUCUUACUAUAUUUCGAUGCUGCUCUUGACUUUGAGAUCAAUGCUUCAGAUGGAUUUGCCCCAAGUGAAUGUCAUUUCUAAAAUUGAUCUUUUGAAAUCCUACAUUGACGGUGACAAGGCUUCUAAAAUGGAACAGCGAAAAAGACAAGAAACGGAUGAAGACGAUCUAGAAGGUGGCUUGCCCUUCAGGUUGCAAUACUAUACAGAAGUUCAAGACUUAAACCAGCUCUUGCCAUAUGUCAGGACAGAGAAUAAUCAAAGGGGUUAUUUUAAUGAGAAAUAUGAGAGGCUGACAACCUUGAUAGCGGAUCUGAUCGAGGAUUUCGGAUUGAUCCAGUACACAGUUCUGGCAAUUGAGGAUAAAAUUUCGAUGAUCAAUCUUCUUUCAAUAAUUGACAAAGCCAAUGGGUAUUGUUUCGGAACGAACGAGCUUGGAGGCGACUCCAUCUGGUCCGAUGCUGUUCGACAAUCAUCUCUGGCAUUUAUGGAAGAUAUUGACAUUCAUGAAAGAUGGAUAGAUGAGAAGGAGCAAUGGGAUGAGCUUGAAGAAGAAAAACGUCACGAAUUGGAAGAGUACUUCCAGAAUAUACAGGCGAAACAGGAUCCCGAAGACGAAUGGGAAGCCGCACUACGAGAUUGGGAAAUGAAACAAGAUAUAGAAACUAAAAGAGCGUAA